AGCUGAAGCGCAUCUUUUUCAGCGAGCACUGACUUGGGAUGAGCAAUCUUCAUCCCAUGUUUCAAAUAGAUUUCAUCCUCAUCUUUUGAACCUUUAAUAUUUUGAGCAGGUAUUUAAUCAAAAUGUGACGUGCUCACCAAAGAGGAUGAUAAAUUGAAGAAUUUUUAGAAAAUCUUUGACUUUAUUCUUUGUGGCACUUAUUAACUUUUUUAAAAAAAAUCUCAAAUUUAUUUAUUUGGAGAUUUUAAUUGAAUAUUAUUCAUUAUUGUGCAUUAAACAACUUCACAAUAAUGCACAAAAAAUUUCUGACUAAAAAUUAUCGGUCAAUAUAUGCAUCAUUAUCUGACGAAAAUGUUUUAAAUUGCAAAACUUUUCGAACUUACAUUAAGUAGAAUAAAAGUGUGAAAUCUUUACAGCUGUUUAAGAAUCUUUUUAAAUAAAAAACAUUUUUCAUGAAAGUUUUUAAAAAUGAAAACAACAAUUUUAAAUAAAGUGAAUGAAACUUUUUUGGUGAACUUUAAAAGAAAUUAUUGACAAACAGUAAUAAAAUGCUGUCUUUAAAUUUACAAAUUAUAUUAUUGUUUAAGACUUUUUCAUGUAAAAAUAAUAGGAGGCGUGCACCCUUUUUAAAUCAUGGAAUGUACUUUUGAAAAUAAUAAUGAAAGGAAUAAAGCUACGUUCACGAAGCUUCAUUAUUUAUUCCAUGUCGUUCUUCAUACUGUUUAGUUUUUCUAAAUUUCAAAUGUCACCUUGGAGUUUAGAAAAAUGUUUGUUUUUGAUACAAAUUGUACUAUUUUGUAGUACAACCGGAGUUACAAUUGAUGUAACUCCUUUACCACAGGACCCAUGUCCAAGAAGUUGCGUUUGUUCGGGAAAUCCUGAUGCAAUUCGUGUUGACUGUUCUAACGUGAACUUUACAGAAGUACCACAAGACAUUGGGAUCAUGACAUCGAUAUUAGAUCUGAGUUGGAACAAUAUCCAUGAUUUAAGCAAUGAAAAAUUCAGCCAUCUUUCUCGUUUACAAGAAUUAAAUCUAGGAAAUAAUCUACUAGAAACCAUUCCAGAAACAGCAUUCCUAAAAUUAACUACGCUUCGCACUCUAAAUCUACAAAAUAAUAAAUUCGAAAGCAUUCCAUCUGCAUCAUUCAAGCCCUUAGUAAACUUAGAAAAUUUAUACUUCAGUUACAAUCACAUUUCAUAUGUUUCCAAUCAAUCCUUUGCAUUUCUUCCCCGUUUAAUUAAAUUAGAAUUAGAUGGAAACAACUUUAUGGAAGUACCAGUUGCGGCAUUCCUCCUUCUCAACAAGCUUAUUACUUUAAACUUGGCAUCCAAUGACAUCAGAAGUAUCCCAAAUUAUGCCUUUCAAAAUAUGAACAAACUAACUAAUUUAUAUUUACAAAACAACUUUAUAGAGUACGUGGGUCCAAAUGCUUUUGACGGCCUUAACUCUUUGAAGUGUCUAGAAAUCAAUGGAAACGAACUAUUAGAGCUACCUCUAGCCAUCUCUAGUCUCUCUAAUCUCAAAGAACUAACUUUCUCGAACAAUAAGAUCAAAUAUUUGUCAAAGUCAAGUUUUCAAGCUAAUCAUCAACUAACAUCAUUAGAAUUCUCUGGAAAUCCUCUUGAAUCAUUCGAAAAAAGCACAUUUUCGCAGUUACCACGUCUGAAAAAGUUGACGUUAUCAGAAGUGAAGUAUCUUGAAGAUUUUCCAGACAUCAUGGGAACAACUUCAUUGCAACAUUUAAGAAUUGAUAGGUCAAAUUUAAAUACUGUGCCUCCUGAAUUUUGCACCAUUGUACCCUCCUUAAGAAGCUUAAAUUUGAAGUCAAAUAAACUGGCAGAAAUACCUGUGCUUCAUGAGUGCAAAGAGCUACGACUAAUAGAUCUAAGCUACAACAAUAUCAUAGCUGUAGAAGAAAACACAUUUACAAACCAGAAGAACCUAAUCGAUCUUUUUCUGAGUCAUAAUUUGAUUUCAGAAAUAUUAAUGAAUAGUUUUGAAGGCCUUACAAACCUACAAGUUCUAGAUUUAGAAAGCAAUGAAAUAGAGAAAAUCCAUCCUGAAGCUUUCACUUACUUUAAGGAUCUCAGAGAUUUAAACCUUGGUGCCAAUAAAUUUCCUAAGCUUCCUACAAAAGGACUACAAAAUUUGAGACAACUGAAAACCUUUAACAAUCGAGAACUUAAAGAAUUUCCACCAGUUCAAACCUUUCCUCGCAUAAACACUUUAGCUCUAUCAUAUGCUUAUCACUGCUGUGCGUUCAUAGCAUCAUCAAGUCACACAAGCACUUCGCCAAGACCUACAACCACUUUACAAGAAACUAUAGUUUGGCUUUCAAAAGAUGAUGUUGAUAUGGCAUCAUGGAAUUCCAACAUCAGUGAUAUAUGGCCUGGAUCAGGUAAUUUUUCAACCAAAUUUGAAGAAUUUGCAAAUCAGCUUUGGAAAACAUUUGGAAGAGACUACACCAUACCUGACAAUUUAGCACAAUAUGCAGAAGAAUAUUUUGAAGAUUACAAAUCUGCUUUAAACAAUGAAGAAAAUCUUCUAGCUAAAUUCGCUCUGCAAUGUUUACCUGAACCAGGUCCUUUUAUGCCAUGUGAAGAUCUAUUUGGACUGUGGAGUCUCAGAUGUGGAAUUUGGGUAGUGUUUUUGCUAGCUCUGCUCGGUAAUGGAAUCGUUGUGAUUGUUCUUAUAGUCGGGCGAAGCAAGAUGGACGUUCCACGCUUUUUGGUGUGCAACUUGGCCAUGGCAGAUUUCUUUAUGGGCGUUUAUUUGGGGAUGUUGGCUGUUGUCGAUGCUUCAACCCUAGGAGAGUUCAAGGUAUCUGCAAUAAAAUGGCAAACCUCCAUUGGUUGUCAAGUUGCUGGAUUCCUUGGAGUUUUAAGUACCGAGCUGUCAGUGUUUACACUCUCUGUUAUUACACUUGAAAGGAAUUAUGCUAUCACCCAUGCCAUGCACUUGAACAAAAGAUUAUCUCUCCGUCAUGCAGGCUACAUAAUGUUUAUUGGUUGGUCAUUUGCUGGUGCCAUGGCAGCAUUGCCAUUAUUUGGUGUCAGUGACUAUAGAAAGUUUGCCAUUUGCCUUCCCUUUGAAACUGAAGAUGUUUGGUCAUUGACUUAUGUUGUGUUCCUUAUUUUGAUUAAUGGAGUAGCCUUUUUAAUCCUCAUGGGUUGUUAUUUAAAAAUGUACUGUGCCAUUAGGGGCUCUCAAGCCUGGAACUCAAAUGACUCUCGAAUUGCGAGAAGAAUGGCUCUACUGGUAUUCACUGACUUCAUAUGUUGGGCUCCAAUUGCUUUUUUUAGCUUGACUGCUGUAUGUGGAAUACAACUUAUAUCAUUGGAGGAAGCAAAGGUCUUCGCAAUAUUUGUACUACCACUAAACAGCUGCGCCAAUCCUUUCCUUUAUGCAAUUUUUACAAAACAGUUUAAGAAAGACUGUGUUCACAUAUGCAAGCGAAUAGAAGAAUCAAGAGUUACCAGAGGAAUAGGCAGAGGAAGACAUAGUUCUAAUUUCUCAAAUAGACAUACACCCAUCACAACUAACUCUGCUGAAGCUGCAGCGAAUGCUGGAAGUAAUAGUGAUCCAAAUAAAGGUGGAAACUAUUCAACUGAAACUUGUCAGUGCAGCAAAACUUCAUGGAGCAGCAGCAAAGAUACAUCCCAUAGAGGUUGGAAAGAAUGGGCCCGAAAGUAUUUUUUGUGUAAGCAGAAAGAUGUAGACAGAAAUGAGAGAGAUGGUUUUACAUAUGCUAUAGCUCAAAUUCAAAAGAACUUAGAAAAACGAAGCAAGCAUAUAACUAGCAUCACAAGUGAAAAUUUUUCCUCUCGUUCAGAUAGUUGGAGACAAAGUACUAAUACAGGUACUAUACCAAUGCGCUUAUUUGAUCAAGAUAGUAAACAAGGAUCUUGGUCUCUUCAAAGAAAGGCUUCAGAAGAUUCAAAUAUUUCAUACAGUCGUCAGGAUUCAUCCACCUCAACAUUUCACAUGUCCCGUUCAAGCUUUAGCAGUGACAGUUCUACCCAGCCACGUGCCUCUAGACCAUUGUUAAACAGUGCAAUAAUGAGCAAUAGGGAAUCACUGCGAAAGAGUCGAGAAAACAAGCCUAAACUCUGCAGACAAGGAGCAGUAAGUGAGGAGAAGUCACAGACUCAUAACAGACAAGAAUUAGUUAGAUGUUUGACAGAGAAAAACAUCGAUACUUUGUGUCCAAAAUGUGCAAGAGAACAACAAAAAGAUAAAGCACUGAAUGAAAGGCUUGCCUGCUUUUAUAAUAAGUUAGCAGACAGUAGUUAUGCUGAAAAUGAGACAAGCUCUUCCAAAGAUGAUGAGUUGAUAUUAUCGAAUGAAUGUUCACCCUCUGAAGAAAAAACAUUGUUUGAUUUUUCUUUACAAGAAGUUAAAACAUUUGCAGCAACUCAAAGACCACAUAUUGAAGUUAAUCCAAUGGAAGAGAAGAAGACUGACAAUUUUGUUGAAAUUGAACAACCAGAAAAUUUUCAAUAUGUCCCAAAAUCCAAACUUCAAGUUGAUACCAAAGAAGGAGAUACAGAAAAAUGUAAAAGUUUGAUUGAUAUUAGUAUUAAAUUAAAUGUGGAGGGAGCAAAAAAAUCUUCCUCUGACAAUUCACUUAAAAAACUAUCUUUAAGUGGUUUACCAGUUGCAUUCAAGUCUUUACCUAGUCAUGAAAUAGAUUAUGCAGAUGUAAGCAGCUCGUCAAAAACAAGAACAAGUACUUUACGUUCAUCUAUCAGUGAAAUUAUUGUUCAAGAACCUGAAGAAGAAAACUAUCAGACUCUGAUAUCACAAAUUAAUACCUUUACAAACAAAAAUAUAAGUGAAAGUAAAAACAGCCAGCAUUGGAAUUUUCUUGAACCUGCAAAAAAAGAUGAAAAGGACAUAAAAAUAUCUACUUCUUCCCCAAAUAUCACAACAAAAUGUCAUGAAACAGCUCCUCUUCUUAAUGGAUGAUGUGCAUGUGCUCCAUAUCGUAUGAGUACUGUCUAGCUAGUCCUUUAAUACAUUUUUAAGUUCCUGGAGACAAUUUAUUUAUCAAUGUAUUAUUUUGAAACAAAUUUGUAAACACUCUGUAUCAAAAACUGAAUUACAGUUACCUUUAAAACAUUCACAACGUAGAGUUUUUGAAAAACUAGAUCAAAUAAAAGUGUACACACAGUUGAUUCUAAGUUUGUAAAUAUUCUUUAAACCUUAAUCUUAAGAUUUAAAAUUAUCCUGCCCCAAAAAGUUUUAUAUUAAUGAACAAAAGAAACUUUUAGAAAUAAACUCUUGCAAAACCUGAAUAGUGAGUUUAUUUUUGGAGAAUAUAAAUACCUUAAAAUUGACGUAAUUAAAAAGAGGCCAAGCAUGAAAUUUCUUCAAUUUUCUAUUGUUAGAAAAAUUUAGGUAAUUCAAAAUUGCAUGCCUAUUAUUUUUCAAAAUAUGGCAACAAUUUUGAUUAACAAGAUUUUUCAGUGUAAUUAAAAAUUUUGUUCCCAUGCAGUACAGUUCCAUAUCCACAGUAAUUUUUUUCAGAUGUGAAAUUUAAUUAAGUAUGAAUUAGACUGGACCUUUCACCAAAGCAUGAAAAUGAAAGAGUUUCCAAGUGGUACUCUACAAAACAUGACCAUUUAAAAAAUAAUAUUAAGAUCGCCAUUAUAGAAAAUUCUAUCCGAGUUAAAACUUACUUCAAAAUGUUAAACAAAAUGGGAAAGUUAAGAAUAAUGUUACUUCAUAGAUAAACUUUAAAAAAAACAUUAGAAUUUAUUCCCAGGCAAAAAAUACAAACUUCAAUACAUUUACUAAUCAAAAUUGAUAACAGAGAGUUUACAAAUUUAGAAAAAUUCAUGUCAAUUAAAUCCUUUAAAGUGUGUGCCAAAUUCAGAUGUUACAUUAAUGAAGUGUAUGAUAUUAUGCUUAUAUUUUUUAACUACAAUAUAACGGUCAUCAUAAUUUUUACAUAAUAACAAAAUAAUUCAAUAAGACUUAUUGUCUGCUUUAGUCUUUUGCAACUACUUUCACUGUUCAAAACAAAUUUUAUCUGUUUCUCUCACAUAUAUUUCCCUUAAAUACAUAUGUAUUGAAAUUUAGAGAUAAAUAACAUCAUUUUUUUUAAAAAAAUAUCAGUUUCAGACAUUGCAGUAGAAGAAUAGUAAAACUACACACAUAUGCAACAGUAUGUUAUUCAUUAAAUUGGGUGACUUAAUAGAUUUUUCUUAUUAUAAUUGUUUAUUUAUUCUUAUUAUUAUUCUGAUAUUUCAAAAUCAGCUUCAUAUAUUUUAAUUUCUAUACAAUUAACUUUCAGGCCCAUAAAGCUGUAGUACAGUCGGCAAAAAAAUUAUACCAAUUAUAAAAUCUUCAUAGAACAUUCAGUUUAUCAAAAACUGCAAAUUUUAGAUACAUUUUCAAGCUCGUUAAUUAGACAUUUCGACUUCUGUUGAAUUUUAAAAAGGAAGCAAGUUACCAUAAAAAAAUUUACCAUUAAAUAAUGCAACUGAAAAACUGUUUAAAUUUAAAAAAUAAAUAAAUAUUGCCAAAAAAUAGAAGUUAGACUUCUCUGUUGAUUUUUAAUUGAAAUUGGAAGUAUUUUGUAAUUUUAAUGAAACACAAGACAUUGACAAAAAGUUAAAACAUGUUAACAUAGUUAAACUUAACAUGAAACUUACCUCUUGAAAUCAACAAAUGUUGAAACCAACUCUAAUGUUCAUUAAAACCACCAAAACCAUCUUUGAGUUGGGAAACUUCAAAAACCUGGAAAACAUGAUAAACUUAUAAUUAAAUCUGUUUUUAAUGAUAUUUGUCAAAAUAUUUUUCAUUUACAAUAAUAGUCAUUGUGAGAUAAAAAGUUUUUUAAAAUACUUUUUUUCAUAACAACUGAAUUCUACUUUAUACAAAAAAAAUACAUUUCUCUUACAUUUGCUUCUUAAUAUAGCUAAAUCAAAUUACCUCUUAUUGUUACAUAAUCUUGGAUUGUUUCUCAAAGUAGCAAAAAACAAAAUGAAAUUUCAAGGAAGCAAUCAAUUGCAAUCAGAAAUUUUUUCAGCAUUUAAAAGUCUACAGAAUUAAAUUGUAGAAAGAUUUAAAAUUUUUCUUAAGUUAAAAAAAUUUUAAUUUUUCCUUGAUAAUUUUCAGAGCUGCAUAAUUUUUUUACACAUCGUAUUUAUUAGUAAAUAAAAUAAUCCCUUUCACACCACAUUUCUAGCAUACUAUUGAGUCCAUACAAGUAAGUUUUUACUAAGCGAACACGUUUUAAAACUGAUAUUAAAGAAAAAACAUUUUUAAACCCCUAAGAUUAAACAGGGUUAAUGGAACAAAUAUUUAUUUUGAAUAUUUAAAACACUUAGUAUUUCAACUCUAAAAGAUGCUGAAUAAAAAGAAAUUUUUCACAAAUAUUAAAUCUUAUGAUGCAAAGUUGACGGCAAAUGUAGUUAAGCACAUUAAAAUAAAUAAUCACUGAUUGCAAAUAUAGAAAACAUAUUUAUAAAAGUACAGUAAUGAAACUGAGGAACUACUUAGGUUAAUUUUCCAUAAAUUUUAGUGUGAUGUUGGAAAAACUGUCUGGUUCUUUUCUAUACUUUUAGGGCAUAACUCAAUAACCUCCUUAAAAAAGAGCAAUUUUACUACUAUUGAUCAUUAGGUUUAAAACUGUAUGAUUGAUUACGAAAAACACACAGUACAAAAUUAAUUUUAAAAUAAACACUGUAACUAAAUACUGUGUCAAUAACUUAUUUUAGUUAUUUUUAAAUACUAACAUUGAUCUUAAUACGAGGGCUGUUUUUUAUGCAAGAGGCAUUUGAAAAUAAAACCAAAUGAAAGAAAGUUUUUAAGAAGCAAAUUUUUUUUUAUUCUACAUACGUUUCUUUUUUCAAAAUAAUUACAAAGUUUGCUAAAACACUUAUAUCUUACACUUGCCAGCUGCCGCGAAAAUGAUGUUUGAAACACUGGAAAAGGUGAAAAUCACUUAGCGCAAGGUCUGGGCUGUGUUGAGGGGUGGUCCAAAACUUUCCAGCCAAAAGAGUUCAAUAAAGCUCAGGACUGAGCUGUGGAGAGAGUCAUUGUCAUGGAGUAGCAAAAUUUUCUGUCAGCAUGCCAGUAGGAAGCUUCAUAAACUUUACAAAUCUGCCGGUAAAUGCAUUUUUGCAGACUAAAAACACAACACUGACUGUACCUUAUACGCAAAGGGGCAAUUUGUUAAACUUGAACAUUUUAAUGACACAGAACUAACUAUAUGGGUUACUUAUUACUGAGCACAGUUGCUUCCAAGGAAUGCCAGGACAUGACGCAUGUGUUACCUAUUAGUGUACACAACAAAAUGGUCCUUACUUUAGAAAACAGCCCUUGUAGAUUUGAUCUUAUUUUAGUUAUUUUUAAAUACUAACAUUGAUCUAAAUAGACAUGAGUCUAUUAAUUCAUAACAUAAUAUGUAUAUAAGAAUAUAAACUGUUUUCUAACUAUAGCAAGUUAAUAACUAUAAAUUAUAUAAAAUUCUAUGACCAAGUUUAAUAAUUCAGAAACUGUGUAGUAAUUAUUAUUUAUAAACAUACUUUUUUUUAAAUUCACACUUGUAUAUAGAAGAAAAAAAUUGUGAAUGGUGCAAGUUUAUUAGUUUGUUUUAAAACGCUCUACUUGUCAAGUAAAAUGUCUAGUUUGUGUUUAAUAUUUAUUCUGAAACAUCUAUUAUGUUUUGCAUUUAUUUUUACCUUCCAUGUCUGUGAAAAAAUAUUUAUUGCAACAUUUCAACAGUACAUUUGAAAAAUUUGUUUGAAUAUAAUAUUUGCAAAUAAGAUAUCUGUGAUAUAUGUUAAAUGUGUUUGUUUUGUUACUUGAGUCAUUUUGAACAGAUGCAUGUAUUAGGUCAAAAAGUGAAGAAAAAAAAACAUUAAAUUUAAUCACUUUUUUA